UGGCACACAGCGGGUCCGCGCGCGACUCGUAGCGCGAGGGGGUUUAUCGCGUCGUCUCGUGGCGGCGCGCGCGGGAUUGUGGGACGGCGGCGGCCUAGUCUUCACGGACAGGCGCGGGGGGGAAAUAUAUAACUGUCUAAAAUAAGAGGGAGGAAAAAAAAUAACACAGAUUUGUUUUAUUCUAACAGCGGCGUGUUCACGGUAUUGACAAGCCAUGGGGCAGGAGGAUAUCAUGAGCACGGCGGAGGAUGUCGCGGAUCAGUUCCUCAGAGUGACGAAACAGUACCUCCCUCACUUGGCGCGCCUGUGUCUCAUCAGCACCUUCCUGGAGGAUGGCAUCCGCAUGUGGUUCCAGUGGUACGAGCAGAGAGACUACAUCGAAGCCACCUGGGGCUGCGGCUACUUCCUGGCCACGUGCUUUGUGCUGCUUAACCUUUUAGGACAGCUGGGCGGCUGUGUCCUCGUUCUCAGUAGAAAUUUUGUACAGUAUGCUUGCUUUGGGUUAUUUGGCAUUAUUGCGCUACAGACUGUUGCCUACAGUAUCCUAUGGGAUCUGAAGUUUUUGAUGAGGAACAUGGCUCUGGGAGGUGGACUGCUGCUACUCUUGGCCGAGUCUCGCUCUGAGGGGAAGAGCAUGUUCGCCGGUGUGCCUACGAUGGGCGAGAGCUCUCCAAAGCAGUACAUGCAGCUUGGUGGCCGUGUGCUCCUCGUUCUCAUGUUCAUGACUCUGCUGCACUUCGACUCCAGCUUCUUCUCAAUCCUACAGAACAUGGUAGGCACGGCCCUCAUCAUCCUGGUGGCCAUCGGCUUCAAGACCAAGCUGGCGGCCCUCACCUUGGUGGUGUGGCUCAUGGCCAUCAACAUCUACUUCAACGCCUUCUGGACGGUGCCUGCCUACAAGCCCAUGCACGACUUCCUCAAGUACGAUUUCUUCCAGACCACGUCGGUCGUCGGCGGCCUGCUGCUAGUGGUGGCUCUCGGGCCCGGGGGCGUGUCCAUGGACGAGAAGAAAAAGGAGUGGUAAGGAGAGUCCAUCUCCUUCCACAGGGGGAAACAAAUACAAACAAAUCCACUGCCCAGGACAUAAGGACCCGCAAAAUCUUAAAACAACCAAUACAACACGGAGCCACCUCCAUUCUCUCUCUGUCUCUCUCUCUCUCACACUUCCCCUUUUCUUUUGUUCUUCAUUUCUCACGUUUUUUUGUUUUGUUUUUACAAAAUUCACGACAUGAGUUUUUAAAGAUGCCUGAUCAUGUCCCACUGUAAAGCCUGAAUGAUAAGUAACUGUCUGAGUUGAUUCUUGUUUUUGUUUUUCUUCUUUCCCCUCUGUCACUGUUUGCCCGAAUGCUGUCUUUAGAGCAUUCUAAACGUAUUCCUGUCAGGAUGCUUCACUUCUCAUGUGCAUUGCUAUAUGGUUGUUGUUUUUAAAACACUUGAGAAAUAGCUGUGAAUGUGUGUACGCAUAUAGACUCUGUGAAACGACAGUAAUUUAGGUCUCCAACUGAAAGUUUUUUUCUCCACCGGGUUAUCGAACUAGCGCCGCUAUUUGUUCGUGGUGCAUUUCUCCAUGUUUCUUUCACCCUCAGAUCAAACCCACAUGUCGAAUCAAACGGCCCUAGCGUUAAGGGAGUGCAGGGUCUCCUGUAGCACUGCUCAUGGUGCAGAUAGGGAUGCGUUAUUUAUAAAAACCACCCUAUAGAAUAGAAAGGUGGAAGCACCUCCAGGCUGCUCUGUUUUUACACUAAUGGACUGUCCAUGGUCUGAACCUUAGCUCACAUCCAGGCAGUAGACAGACUCGCAGAUUAUACAAAACACUAUUUUACACACCUACACAGGUGGAAUAGGUCUUGAAGAAGGUCUGUUCUAUCACCCAAGCUUCAUCUUGAUCGGUGUUCUUGCUGUUGGUGAAAUAACACAUUGAUUUAUGAAGAGUUUAUGGGGUUUUUUUUGUUUUUUUUGGAUUUAUUUUUGUUUUCAGGCGGAGAAAACAAAUAAAAGCAAAAAAUCA